AAGCCUCUGUCUGAUGCAGAGGGAUUUCCAAAACGUCUGUCACGUUUGGAAUAAAAAUAUUUUGCCAUAAUUAUGCGAACUAUACGUCAAUGUUACUGCAUGCAAGACUGUCCUGUCUGUAAUUUAAUGCUGUGAAAUAUGCGAACUAGGUCGGAAGCUAGAAUACCCACGAAAUCUACGAAAGUAAAACUUAUCUCCUCUAAAAAGAACCUGCAGCAACUUCAAAAUUCAAGCCCAUCUCCAAGACAUCUGAAGCAACCACAGUCAGCUAAAAGUGAAACAACUACAUCACCAGCUGUACAGCAUGAGACUGGAGUGAGAAAUGUGAAGUUAAUGUCACCAAGGAGUAGAAAUAUAGCACAGACCCCUGGUAGAGAUGAUGUCCUGUGUUCACAGCAUUUUGAUUCACAGAUGGUGGUUGGCUGGGAUUGUAAUUCCCCUGAUACUCUGAGAGGAAUAAAGAGGAUUUCAGGUCCAGAUCAUGAUGAUGUUUCAGACCUUGUGAUGAGAUUGAUCGGCCAGGAAACAGAUGAUGAAGUAUUUACUAAGCAUAGUACUCCACCAUUGUUGGGUGUGUGGAAGGAAGAUAGUGAGGACAAGCUUCUUGAUGACAAGACUGUUGUAGCACAACGGCUGAGACGUAACAGAGGGAGGCAGAGAAGAAAGAGUGGCAAAGAGUCGGCAGUGUCAAAAGAGCUACUGAGUAAACUUUCUCUUGCUCUAGAUAAAUGUGCAGAAGUAGAUGAAGGAGAAGAGAAGAGAGAUGGUGAUGAUGAAUUGUUUCUUCUUGAGGAAGAGGAGUCAACUAAACAACAUAACUGUUCAGAUGAUUUAUUUAAUAGUGAAAGUAAUGAUGUUGAAGUAAAAACAACUCGAAGCUCAUCAAGACAUUUAGAACAGAAAAACACCAAAGUGGAAAUAAAAAAUAAAAGUGAGGAGGACAGAAAUAGCUGUGCUAGAUCUAAUAACAGUAGUAGUAAAAGUAAAGAUCAAGCUUUAGAUUCAAAAACAUGUGAAAAUGCAGAAUCCUGUGAUACUAUAGAUAAUCAAACAGAUAAAAAGACAGAAGAUGCUGAAGAAGACUGGAGUGAUGAUGAAUUAUUCGAGGAAGAUUCAUUUAUUGUUAAGGCAACACAAGUGUCAACUGAAGUGAAGAAAUUUGUUUCACCAGUGUUUGGCAUGAAGAGGAAAAGUUCAGUUGAAGGUGGACUUCCUAAAAGCAAGUGUUCAAGGUAUUCAUUCCAACUUGGUGCUGAUGAUGGAAAAGACAAUCAGAAAGACUCGGCAACUGAGAAAUUUACUUAUUUACAAAGUAAAAAGACAGAAAGUGGUUGUUCUAGUCACAGCAGAGGAAAUGUAAAUUCAGUUUCCAAACCUUGUGCUCAUAAUUCUAUGGUUACAAAAAGUGAUAAUAGAAAACCAGCUGUUUAUCAGUCUGUACUUUCCAGUAGAGCAUCUUGCUCUAAUAUGAAACCUAACACAGGUGUUCAGGUGUUCAGUAGUUGUGCAAAUCCCAUGCCAAUUAAUGGUGCUAAUAAUAAUCAAAAUAUGCCUUUGACUAGGCAAAGAACUUGCACAAGUUCAAAUUAUGUAAACAGUAAUUGCAGGGUUCCUAUUGUUUCUAAACCUACAAACACGCAGACUUCCAGUACAUUUACAAACCUUACUUUCAAGAAACACAAUAGUUUUUCUGGGACUGGAUCUCAGAAUUUAGUUUCAUCUCGAAGACGUUCUGUAUCAGGAGAUAAGCAGGCUGAACUGGGAACAGGUGUGAAAAACUUCUAUGGAGGCACUACUGGCUGUAAUCCAGUAAAGAACGUUACAGUUAGAACAAAUCCAAGUGUCUCUACGGCAUGCAUGACCAGAAACAUAGUGAAGAACAGUGUAGCUAACACAGUUUCCCCUGUCUGUAACACCAGUGUGACCAGUCACCCUAUGAAGAACAGUACAGCUAGAACAUACCUAACUGUCUGUAGUAACACCAGUGUGACCAGUCACCCUAUGAAGAACAGUACAGCUAGAACAUACCCAACUGUCAGUAGUAACACCAGUGUGAUUAGUCACCCUACAAAGAACAGUACAGCUAGAACAUAUCCAACUGUCUGUAGUAACACCAGUGUGAUUAGUCACCCUAUAAAGAACAGUACAGCUAAAACAUACCCAACUGUCUGUAGUAACACCAGUGUGAUUAGUCACCCUACAAAGAACAGUACAGCUAGAACAUACCCAACUGUCUGUCAUACAAGAAUGACCUGUCAACCUAUUAAGAACAGUACAACUAGAACAUACCAAUCUGUCUGUAACACCACUGUGAACAGUAACAAAUCUUCAGUCCCCUUUUCAGACAGUAGGUCACAUGCUGCAGAAACACCAAAGCUGGAAAGGAAACAGCCAAGUGUUGGAGGUUUUGAUACCAGUUUAAGUGAUGACCUGUUGUGUCAGCUAGCUGAACCAGAUGAAAUACUGGACAGUCAAUGUGACGUUACUCUUACAGUUAAACCAGUGACACAUGUGCCAUCCACAAGUUCUUAUAAGUUUGUAGACUAUAAACAUCCAGCAAAACAAUAUACAUUUAAGCAAAGUCAAAAGAAAUCUAUUUCACCAGAAGGGAAUAAACAGUGUAACAAAUUAAAGGAAACAGUUACACCUGCGCCUGGAAUUCAUGUCAACAGAAAAGAACCAAGAACUGUACUAGAAGAAUAUUCUGAAGAUUUGUUUGCGAGUGAUGACGAUGAUGAUAUGUUGCUAGCAGAUGAUGAUGGCCUCACAGAACCACAGAUACUUGCAAUGUUGGACGAAGUAGAAAUGUUGGCAACACAACAGCAUAACAGUCAAAGAAGUAAUCAGAACUUGUCUAAUUUUAUUGGAGGCAAGGGCCAAAAUGUUAGCAAAACUCCUAUAUCAAACCAUGUACAAGACUUUAAAACCAGUCAGAGACAAUCGGUCAAGAAAUAUGAGACCUCAGAUCAUGGAACAGACCUAGAUCAUAGAGUAGACCUUGCAGGGAGUCAAGGUCAGCUGGUAGGGAGUCAAGGUCAGCUAGCAGGUAGCCAAGGUCAGUUGGCAGGAAGCCAGGGUCAACAUGCAGGUAGCCAAGGUCACAGCAGUAGUCAGUCAAAGUAUUCGCCAGCAGAAAUUGAAAGAAAGAAACAGGAAGCCAUGGAACGGAGAAAACUGAAACUUAAAAAAGUUUAGGAGCUUAAAGUUGCAUUAGAUAUGCUAACCAAUCAUGAAUUAUUGAAGAUACAUACUUAGCAAAUAGAUUUAUACUUUGGUUAUAGACAUUAAGCUGUGAAAUGUUGUGUUGAAUGCUUAACAAAAUUAUUAGGAUUUACUGCAUUUGAAAUGAAUUAUGGAUAAUUAUUUAUUGUCCCAAUACAGGUUUAUCUUUUUGUGUUUUUGCAUCUGACUAUUUGUGUUAUUGAAAAUCAAAUCUGUUUGCAGCAAGAAUAGAAAAACUUCAGUUAGCAUUUUUAAUGAACAGUAUUCUUUGAGAUGUAAGAUGCAAAACUUGUUAUUUGUUGCACAACACUUUAUGGUUAUGUAUUAUUUUUAUAAAGUAAAAUGCAUGUGCAAGGCUCUUUAAGAUUUUGAAAAUUAAGUUACAUUAACCCCAGUAGAUAGCAACAUUGUAGAAUAUGUCUGUGUCUCAAAGGGCAAAUAUUCCAAAUGGUACUUACAUUUCACCAUUAUAUUUUAUGCCCCCUGCUGUGAAAAAUGGUGGAGAUUGUGAGCAUAUUAUAGUAUGUCCGAGUAAAUAUACCCUGUAUAUGUAUCUGUUCAUGUGUGCAUGCACACAUAUAUUUAUUUGUGCACAGAACUGACUUACUUGUAAUUUUUUUUUGCAUCGUCUAAUUUGCAAUAACUUGGCAAAAUAAACAACCUAUCAAGGCAGUGUAUCAUAUUUAAGGCCAGAAUUCAUAGCUCAAAGGUCAAGGUCACUCUUGAGACAGAAUAUUUAAGGUAAUUUUAUAGUCUCUAAAACAUCUUCAUGCCUGCUUGGAUAUUCAAGUAACUUGGCAAAAACUGUCAUCAGAACAAGAGGGCUUGUUCCCUUCAAUCUUAAAAGUUAAUAUCACUGAGGUGAAAGAUAACUGAUCUUUCUUGUCUCUAUAACUUCUUCAUGCAUGUGCGGAUAUUAAAAAUCUUGGCACAAAAAUCAUCACAAUAACAGAUGCUUCUCUUACAAGACCCAUACCUCUACUUUAAAGGUCAGGUCAAACUUAAAGGUCAGAAAACUUUUGUAGGAAUAAAUGGGUAUUCAAACAACUUGGCAUAGACAUUUGUCUUAACUAGACAAUGUGUAGCUUGUAAGCUAUGUGGUCAAGGAUACCCUUGGUGAACUUGAAUGAAUGAAUGGUUACUCGUAUAAAUGUACACAAAUUUUCACCAUAAUUAGGUGAGGCGUUGCAUGUGAGAUUUCAAAGGUCAAUGUCAUUUGAAUUUUUUUUCUGGUCUAUAGCAUUUUUAUUUUUGUAUAAUUAGAUGAAUAUUUUAAGUAACUUGGCAUAAAUAUUUAUCAUAAUGAGACAGUAAGUCAAAUGUAAGGAUUGAACCUAUAGCUGAAAGGUCAAGUUCACACUUAACCAGUCAAAGAUUCUAAUCUAGUCUGAAGUUUUAUUUACAUAGAAGGAUAUUCAAGUAAUUUUCCAUAACAAAACAAUAGAAAACAUAAUCAUUUAAUAGUGGAAUAGUUAUUUAAUGGUCAGUUUUCAUUUUAUGCCCCCGGGUAUAUAGCUAAUGAAUGACCCAAUUUAAUUCAUACUCCCACUCAAGAAACCUUGUGGCAAGAUCCACAAAGUAACCUAGAUAUAAAUUACAUUGACCCUCAUAUGACCUUCACCUUCAAACAUAAUAUAUUUGGCUCUACAGCCGACAUAAAUGUUUCGCUUGGGAAACCUUGUGGCAAGACAUACAAACUGACCUAUAUAUGUAUAUAGAUUACCUUGACUUUCAUCUGUCUGUAGGAACCAGAUUGCUUACAGUCCACUUAAAUGUCAUACUUGCACUGAACAAUCCUUGUGGCAAGAUCUACAAACUGACCUAUAUAUAAAUGACCUUGACUCAUGACCUUCACCUUCAAACUUAAAACCUUAAUAAACAACAUUUUUGGUCCUACAGUCCACAUAAACUUAGAUCAUAUUCACACUCAACAAAUCCUGUGGCAAAACCUACAAACUGACCUGUAUAUAUCUAUAGAUGACCUUGACCAUCAAUAUGAUGAUCUUCACCUUUAAACUUGUUCAGUCACAUGUUCUGUUGUCAAAGUGCCAUUACUCACUGGACUCGCAUUUCUGUGUCCUAACCACAUAGUGGAGGUAUCCGUGUUGAUAGUCAGUGUUCUAUGGACACCUUUAUAGUUAAAGUAAGAAAUGUUAUUUGGUAAAUAUUAUUCAGUUUUUGUUAUUUGUUAUAAAUAUGGUGUAAGUAUAUAGUUAAUGGAAGAUUACUCCUGAAGGAAAUAUAAGAAAGCUAGAAAUUUUGGGAUUUGUUUUUACAGUUAAGACAAGUAAAUGGAUGGGAACAAAAAGAUUUUCUGUUUCUGCUUUUGUUUUUAGCUCACCUGAGCCAAAGGUUCAUGGUGAGCUUUUGUGACUGCUCAACGUGCGUUGUCCGUCUGUCAGCAUUUUCAAAAAAAAAAUCUUCUUGAAAAGCACUGGAUAGAAUUACAUCAAACUUCACAGUAAUGACCUUUGGGUGGUUCUUUGCAAAAUUGUUCAAAGAAUUAAAUUCCAUGCAGAACUCUGGUUGCCAUGGCAACGGAAAGGAAAAACUUUAAAAAUCUUCUUGUCCAAAACCGGAAGGCGUAGAGUAGAGCCUUGAUAUUUGGCAUGUGACAUCAUCUUAUGGUCCUCUAUGAAGAUUGUUCAAAUAAUGCCCCUGGUGUGAAAAGAGACCCCGCCUCGGGAGGUCCCAAGUUUUACAUAGACUUAUAUAAGAAAAAACUUUAAAAAUCUUCUGGUCUAAAACCACAAGACCCAGGCCUUUGAUAUUUGGAAUGUAGCUUUGCCCAGAGGUCUUCUAACAAAAUAGUUCAAAUUAUAAACCUGGGGUGAAAAGAGGCUCUGUCCCUUAGGGGUCUUUAAUUUUACAUAAACUAUAGGAAAAAAACUUGAAAAAUCUUCUUGCCUGAAACUACAAGACCUAUGCUUUUGAUGUUUUGUAUGUUGCAUUGCCUUGUGGUCCUCUAUCAAAAUUGUUCAAAUUAUGCCCCUGGGGUGAAAAGAGGCCCUGCCCUGGAGGUCCCAAAUUUAACAUAGACUUAUAAAGGGGAAAAAAUCUUCUUGUCGGAAAGUUCAAGGCUUAGGCCUUUGAUAAUUGGUAUGUAGCAUUGCCUAGUGGAUGUCUAAGAAACUUGUUCAAAUUAUACCCAUGGGGUGAAAAGAGGCCCUGCCCUGGAGGUCACUUGUUAUAUGAGUUAUAUAGGAAUCAGUACUUCAAAAAUUAUCAGAUCAUAUUUCCUAGACUGUUUAAUUAUAAUUACCUGAUGACCUUGAGUGAUUAGGGGUCACCUGACUAUGACCUUGACCUACCAACCUACUUUCUUGUUUUUUAAGAUACAGCCUUGAAAUUUGGAAGACAUGUACAGUUUUGCACAACGAUCUUAAAACUGACUUUCAGUGAGCAGGAAUAUGACCUACUGACCUACUUUCUAAUAUUUUAGCAUCAGUUUGCCAUUUUAAAUGUGUAAUUCAUAUUACUCAGGUGAGCGAUUCAGGGUCAUCAUGACCCUCUUGUUUCAACUCCAACCAACAGAACUGGAAAAGGUCAGAUACUUGUCACCACAUUUAUAUUAAACUAUGCACCCAUCAACAUUACAACUGGAAUUACUAUAAACUUGUGUUGAAAACUAUGAGUGUGAUUCAGUAAGAAAUGCUAUUGUUUAAAUAUCUGUUAAAGUACAUAGAAUAAAUCUAAAUCAAAUUUAUCACUUCAAAGGGUGACUCUAAGGAAAGACAAGAAGCACAUAUGAACAAACUCCAUGUAUCAGUAUUUCCCCAGGACUUCCAGUCUGCAGCCGAGCUAUUCUAGGGAAAAUUAGAACUGACUGAAAUUACAUUAUAAAUAUUUGAUAACAGCAAUUGGUAAUGCUUAUUUGUUUCCAAAUUUAUUUUGUCUGAUAGCUUUAUGUAAGCUUAAAAGAUGUCAGGUAUUGCAUUAUCCAAAACCAUACAUUUACUUGUUUGCUGCUUAGUAAUGCAGUCUUAUUUAAUAAUGUAAAAAAAAAAUUCUACAAAACUCUUCUGUUGCUAGAUGCAAAUUAUCACAGAAAUGUUGCUAUGUGAAACAAAUGCUUCCAAUAAAGUUAUGAAAAAACA